CAAAAUGGAGUCAUAAAAACCAUCGUGUGGUGCCUGGUCGGAAGGAAACGAGGGGUUUUAGGUUUCUGCUCACUGUCUCCGACAUUAUCCUUCCCAUUCAAUCUCUUCUGUCGGAGAAAAAUGUCUCUCCUUCAAACGAUGGCCGUGCCGAAGCCCGUUUCGCAUCUUCGUUCAAUAAACGAUGAACCUAAUUUUGCCCGCUUUCCGGCAAUUUCUCAUCAAAAUGCUUUACACUAUGAGCACAACUCAAGACGUUUUCCUUGCCUUUCUGUUUCAAAGAAAUCUGACCCUGAAUCCAGUUCUAACCCCAAAAUGAAUUCUAGAGGAAGAACUCGCCGACCGAAAAACGAAGAUGGUGGAAAGGAAGGCGGGGAAAUUUUCCCAACCACAAUUCCAAGGAAGCCAAAACGUGGCCGAAGGAGUGAAGCAGUUGCGGUUGAGGACUUCGUGCGUGAUUCGCUGGAACGAACAUUUGCAUCAAUUAGGCAGCAGAACCCGGAUGUUUUAGAGGAAAUAAUGAAGGAUAAAGUUAAUGAAAAUAUAGAUUCUGAAACGAGUGAUGAUGAUGAUGAAGACGAUGCGGAGGAGGAGGAAGGUGGUGGUGAGGAUGGUAAAGGGAAAGGAAAGAAAAAGAAGAUGGUGGUUGAGGAGGAAAGUCGAGAUUGGCCAUUGGAUGCUGAUGUGGGGUGGGGAGUUAGGGCGUCUGAAUAUUUUGAGAAGCAUCCAAUAAAGAAUGUUGUAGGAGAAGAUGGGUUUGAGAUUGACUGGGAAGGAGAGAUGGAGGAUAACUGGGUGAAUGAGAUUAACUGCCUAGACUGGGAGAGAUUUGCCUUCCAUCCAAGUCCAUUGAUUGUUCUUGUAUUUGAGAGAUACAGCAGGGCAACUGAUAAUUGGAAGACUUUGAAAGAGCUAGAAAAGGCAGCCAAGGUGUAUAGGGGUGCCAAGGAUCGAUUGCCUCCUCGGACAGUGAAGAUAGACAUCAAUAUUGAGAGAGAUUUGGCAUAUGCUCUUAAAGUUAAAGAUUGCCCUCAGAUUUUGUUUUUACGUGGAAACAAGAUCUUGUAUAGGGAGAAAGAGUUUCGAACUGCAAAUGAGUUGGUCCAGAUGAUCGCACAUUUCUACUACAAUGCUAAGAAACCUUCAUGUGUUAACAAUGCAAAUUUAUGCCCUUAAAUUUUGGCUAUAAUUCUCAAGAUAAAACAUGAAGAAGGAAGCAGUAGAAUGACUCACCUUAUAUGUUUCUUGCCGGUACCUGUCACUUUUGCUCUGGAAUCCCAGCAACCUGACCUGACUAUGGUUUAAUCAGGUUGGAUCCUAACCUCAGUGUCCUUGAUAUGCUGUAUUUGAUGAUUGGAUGAGGGAAUUGUGAUUGAAUCAUGGAUAAACUAUAAAAUUAUAAGGGAAAGUAAGUGUAUUUGUCAUCAAGACACAUUCUUAUAAUGGCUAAUCAGGUAUUAAACAAUUAUUGUUAAUAGAACACAUUACAUAUUUUGCAAUUUUAUUUAAAUGCUUCUUCUUGUCAAAGCAGAAAUUCUUCUGGUUUCUCACCAGAAAAGGCUAGAUAUAUUCCAAAUGUGGCAGAUUUGUCAAAGAAUUAGAGACAACUGAACCAUACAUGUUGGAACAAGUCAGAUUGUCGAGUUUGAUAUUCAAGAAUCUGAAGCCAUACUGUAAUGCUGUUGUGAUAAGCUUUGUAUCUAUGGAUUGGGUUUACGUGGAGAGUAUUUUUGGAGUAUUAAUUAAUUCUAACUCUGCUUCUAGUUCUUCUUCUAUUUUUGAGUACUUCUGCCGAGUAUUGAUGUAAUCUGAACUUUCUUUUCAACCGAAAGAUGGCAUGCUUUUUUGUUGACAA